AGAGUCUCCCUUUAUCAACCAGACUAGAAUGCAGUGGCAUGGUCAUGGCUCACUGCAACCUGGAACUCCUGGGCUAAAGUGAUGCUCCUGCCUCAGCCCACCAAGUAGCUGGGACUACAGGUCCACACCUGGCAAAUUAAAAUUUUUUUUUUUUUUAAGAGAUGGAGGUCUCACUACAUUGCCCAGGUUGGUUUUGAAUGCCUGGCCUCAAGAGACCCUCAUGCAUAGGCCUCUCAAAGUGCUAGAAUUACAGGUGUGAGUCACUAUACCCAGUUUAUGAGCAUGUUUAAUGUAAUUUCUGAGCACACGCAGAGCUUCCAACCCCUGAUAUGUAAGCUGUGGGCUAAAAACUACUUUGGAGCAGUCUUAACAGAAACUCUCUGAAAGGUUGCAAUCCUGAGUCUGAAUCAAACUGACUUUAAUUCUUUAAAAGCGGGUUAUUUUUCUUCAACUGACAGCAGAUACAGAUAUGAGAAUCCAGCCAUCCAUUACUGAGCCAGACACUAAAGAGAUUUGCAAAAAUAUGAAAUAAUCGCAUUCUUCUCCGUUUUAGAAACUAUAGUGAUUUCUCAUUUUAAAAAAGUGUUAUAUUAACAUGGAUUAAGCUUGGUAUGCUUUUUUUUUUUUUUUCUGAAACGGAGUCUUACUCUGUUGCCCAGGGUGGAGUGCAGUGGCGCGAUCUCGGCUCACUGCAACCUCUGCCUCCUAGGUUCAAGUGAUUCUCCUGGCUCAGCCUUCUGAACAGUUGAGACUACAGGCGCACGCCACCACGCCCAGCUAAUUUUUGUAUUUUAGUAGAGACGGGGUUUCACCAUAUUGGCCAGGCUGGUCUCCAACUCCUGAACUUGUGAUCCACCUGCCUUGGCCUCCCAAAGUGCUGGGUGCUGGGAUUACAGGUGUGAGCCACUGUGCUCGGCCUUGUUACUCUUUUAAAUACAUUGUUAAACAUUUUAAUUUUCAGUUUGAGUUAUUCACAAAUAUUAAUAGAUGUAACCAAUAUGAAACAAAACUCUCUGGAAUCCUGAAUAAUUUUUAAGGGUAUCAAGGGGGUCCUAAGACCAAAAAAAUUCAUAAUUAUCUGUUCUAGGGAAGAGGUCAGCAAACUUUUCCUGUAAAGUGCCAGAGUCCGUAUUUAAGGCUUUGCAGUCUUUUGUAGAAAUUACUCGGUUUAGCAGUUGUACUGGGAAAGCAUAGGCAAUAUGCCAAUGAAUUAAGUUAGUUAGAUUACACUUUGGGGAGCUUUAUUUCUAUGCAGGAAUAUCACAGCAACGUUGUUGAAUCUUCCAGUUUAUGGAGUUGAAAACUUUGUGUAUUUUGUCUCAAAUUAAAAACAAACUCGGUGCCAGACCACCACUUUUCAAUCUAUGGUCUACCAAAUAAACUGACAGCUAGAGACCCAACUGCCUAUCUAUACACCAAUAAUAAAAAAUCCAGUUUUUCUUGGUAUAUUGGCUAUGUCAAAUUUUAAGUGUAGAUUGGCAACAUCAAAGAACUUUCAAUUUUCAGAAAUGUAGUCAAGUCUUUGAGGGAGUAAAAAUGUAAUUCAAAUAGCAAAAGACCAAUUUAGAGUAAUUCAGUUAUUGAUUUGUGAAAUUCUGAAGAACAUAACUGGAAGCUUUCUUAGGUGAGAUUCUAAAUAAGAACAGCUUUCUAAAAAGUGCCUUGAUUUACCCACUCCCGUUGCCUUCUGUAGUAAAUGAAGCCUCUUUUACCUCUCUGCUUUCUCCUAUCCUUCUGCUAUAGUUUAUACCUAUCCAAAUAGAAAAAUUAUAGUGAAGCCCUUUGUCUCUGCUUGAAGCACCUUAAGGACAGGAAACACUGUGUUAGUUUGAUAGUCCCAGCACCAGGCACAAGGCAAGUAUUCAGUUUCUUAGGAUUGUAUGAACUCUUGGGUUCCUAUCUCAUACGAGUUCCUGUACUAGCGCUGGGAAUGAAAAGAUGAAUUAGAACUGUCUGCUAUCUCUGCCACGAUAAAAAGCACGGCAGCGGUCCAUCUGCACUCAGCUCCUUCUUAAACACGUAUUUUAUACUAAGGGGCAACAAAGUCAAAAGACAGCGACAUGCAAAUGGAAAAGCCUGAUGAAUUCUAAUUUACACUGAAGCCCGUGAAGAAUAUAGUGAGAUACUGGUUUAUAUCCUUCUCUGUGACAGCGACCUACCAAUUCUUAACUACUCUCACAAGAGCAGUUACUUGGAGAACCAAACUGCGCGCUCAUGCGCGCACUCAUACAGCUGCAGUUAGCGGAUACCGACGCGGGAAGUUCCAAGACUCAGGUCGAGCACGCGCUUAAACCAACGGAACCAGACCAACCUCCUACGCCAGACACACGACCUAGCUCCAACCUACCGUAUCCCUCCUCCCUCCUUCCUCCGCACCCUAUCCAACCCCAUCCCGCCCCUCUCCUUCCCAGUUCCCUCCCCUUUAUCCUUCCCUUCCCUUCCUCCCUUCCCUAAAUAACCUACCCUAAUUUUACCCUGCCACACCCCAAAAAGCUCAACCCCCUCGAAAGCAUCAGCAGCCUCCUGGCUCCACCCACAACCUCUAACCCCCUCCCAACAGCUUCCUCUUCCCAGGCCAGAACGGCGUCUUCCAGUUCCCCGUCUUUCAGUUCCCCACCGGAUGAAGCGGAAGUGCGUCAUGUCGAGGCGCCAAGGCGCUCGUUUGGCGCGCGCGCCCUAGGCGGCGGAUCUAAGCUAACUUGGAUCUUUUCUUGUUUCUCCUUGGCUUUUGACUUUUUCUGGACCCUGGUGUCUACGAUUUCCGAGAUGCCGUCUUCUUUGUUGGGCGCGGCGAUGCCGGCCUCUACAUCUGCCGCAGCCCUGCAGGAAGCUCUGGAAAAUGCUGGACGGCUCAUCGACCGUCAGUUGCAAGAGGACCGCAUGUACCCGGACCUUUCCGAGCUGCUUAUGGUGUCUGCCCCAAAUAAUCCGACCGUUUCUGGCAUGUCAGAUAUGGAUUAUCCUUUACAAGGACCUGGUUUGCUGUCCGUACCCAACCUUCCAGAGAUCAGUUCCAUCCGAAGAGUUCCUCUCCCACCUGAACUUGUUGAGCAGUUUGGACAUAUGCAGUGUAAUUGCAUGAUGGGUGUGUUCCCUCCUAUCAGCAGAGCUUGGCUCACAAUUGACAGUGAUAUAUUCAUGUGGAACUAUGAGGAUGGAGGAGACCUUGCCUAUUUUGAUGGACUUAGUGAGACUAUUCUUGCUGUGGGGCUUGUGAAGCCAAAAGCAGGCAUCUUUCAACCUCAUGUGCGACACCUCCUGGUUUUGGCGACCCCUGUAGACAUAGUAAUUCUUGGACUCAGCUAUGCUAAUUUGCAAACAGGUUCUGGAGUUCUUAAUGAUAGUUUGUCUGGUGGAAUGCAGUUGCUUCCAGAUCCUUUAUAUUCUCUUCCUACUGAUAAUACUUACCUUUUAACAAUAACUUCCACUGAUAAUGGCAGAAUUUUCUUGGCUGGAAAGGAUGGCUGUUUAUAUGAAGUAGCCUACCAGGCUGAAGCAGGGUGGUUUAGCCAAAGAUGUAGGAAAAUAAACCACUCAAAGAGCUCACUUUCUUUCCUUGUUCCUUCCUUGCUACAAUUCACGUUCUCAGAAGAUGAUCCUAUUCUUCAAAUUGCAAUUGAUAAUUCUAGAAAUAUUUUAUAUACACGAUCUGAGAAAGGAGUAAUACAGGUGUAUGAUUUGGGACAAGAUGGACAAGGAAUGAGCAGAGUUGCCUCUGUGUCACAGAAUGCCAUUGUCUCUGCUGCUGGUAACAUUGCUAGGACCAUCGAUCGUUCUGUUUUUAAACCAAUUGUCCAAAUAGCAGUGAUUGAAAAUUCUGAAUCACUGGACUGUCAGUUAUUGGCUGUCACACAUGCAGGUGUUAGGUUAUAUUUUAGCACUUGUCCAUUCAGACAGCCAUUAGCACGGCCUAAUACACUGACGCUGGUUCAUGUCCGCUUACCUCCUGGAUUCUCAGCAUCUUCAACCGUAGAAAAGCCUUCAAAAGUACAUAGAGCUCUUUAUAGUAAAGGUAUUCUAUUGAUGGCAGCCUCAGAAAAUGAGGAUAAUGAUAUUUUAUGGUGUGUCAACCAUGAUACUUUUCCUUUCCAAAAGCCAAUGAUGGAAACCCAGAUGACAGCCCGUGUUGAUGGUCAUUCCUGGGCUCUUUCUGCGAUAGAUGAAUUGAAAGUAGAUAAAAUAAUUACACCUUUAAACAAGGAUCAUAUUCCAAUAACUGAUUCACCAGUUGUUGUACAGCAGCACAUGUUACCUCCGAAGAAAUUUGUUCUCCUCUCAGCACAGGGGAGCCUUAUGUUUCAUAAACUUAGACCUGUAGAUCAACUGAGGCAUCUACUUGUGAGUAAUGUGGGAGGAGAUGGAGAAGAGAUUGAAAGAUUCUUUAAAUUACAUCAGGAAGACCAGGCUUGUGCAACUUGCCUUAUUCUUGCUUGCUCCACUGCUGCCUGUGAUAGAGAAGUAUCUGCCUGGGCUACUCGGGCUUUCUUUAGGUAUGGUGGUGAAGCACAGAUGAGAUUUCCAACCACUCUUCCGCCUCCGAGUAAUGUUGGUCCCAUCUUGGGGUCUCCUGUCUAUUCUAGUUCUCCUGUUCCUAGUGGUAGUCCCUAUCCAAAUCCAUCCUUUUUGGGAACACCGUCUCAUGGUAUACAGCCUCCUGCCAUGUCAACUCCAGUGUGUGCUCUGGGAAACCCAGCAACUCAGGCCACAAAUAUGAGUUGUGUGACUGGACCAGAGAUUGUGUACUCUGGAAAACACAAUGGUAUUUGCAUUUACUUUUCUCGGAUCAUGGGAAACAUUUGGGACGCAAGCUUAGUUGUGGAAAGAAUAUUCAAGAGUGGCAACAGAGAGAUCACUGCAAUUGAAAGUAGUGUUCCCUGCCAACUGCUAGAGUCAGUGCUACAAGAACUAAAGGGUUUGCAGGAAUUUCUAGACAGAAACUCCCAGUUUGCAGGAGGACCAUUAGGAAAUCCAAAUACUACCGUUAAAGUGCAGCAGAGGCUGAUAGGAUUCAUGCGUCCUGAAAACGGAAAUCCCCAGCAAAUGCAACAGGAACUGCAGAGGAAGUUUCAUGAGGCUCAACUAAGUGAAAAGAUUUCACUUCAGGCAAUUCAGCAGUUGGUUCGAAAAUCAUAUCAGGCUCUGGCUUUAUGGAAACUUCUUUGUGAACAUCAAUUCACUGUCAUUGUGGCAGAACUUCAGAAGGAACUUCAAGAGCAGCUGAAGAUCACCACCUUUAAAGAUCUUGUAAUCAGGGACAGAGAACUCACAGGGGCAUUAAUUGCUUCUCUUAUCAACUGCUACAUCAGAGAUAAUGCCGCUGUUGAUGGCAUUAGUUUACAUUUACAGGAUAUCUGCCCACUUCUAUAUAGCACUGAUGAUGCAAUUUGUUCUAAGGCAAAUGAGCUUCUCCAGCGUUCCCGACAAGUUCAAAAUAAGACUGAAAAAGAAAGAAUGUUAAGGGAAUCAUUAAAGGAAUAUCAAAAAAUUAGCAAUCAAGUGGACCUUUCCAAUGUUUGUGCUCAGUAUAGACAAGUGAGAUUUUAUGAGGGUGUGGUGGAACUUUCUCUUACGGCUGCAGAGAAAAAAGAUCCUCAAGGUCUUGGGCUUCAUUUCUAUAAACAUGGAGAACCAGAAGAAGACAUAGUUGGACUUCAGGCCUUCCAAGAAAGAUUAAACAGUUACAAAUGCAUUACAGACACACUUCAAGAACUGGUAAAUCAAAGUAAGGCCGCUCCUCAGUCUCCCAGUGUACCCAAAAAACCUGGUCCUCCAGUGUUGUCAUCUGAUCCAAAUAUGCUGAGUAAUGAAGAAGCAGGACAUCAUUUUGAACAAAUGCUUAAAUUGUCACAGCGAUCCAAGGAUGAGCUCUUUAGUAUUGCCCUUUAUAAUUGGCUAAUACAAGCCGACCUUGCAGAUAAGCUGCUACAGGUUGCUUCUCCAUUUCUGGAGCCACAUCUAGUCCGAAUGGCCAAAGUUGAUCAAAACAGAGUUCGUUAUAUGGAUUUACUCUGGCGGUAUUACGAGAAGAACAGAAGUUUCAGUAAUGCUGCUCGUGUACUGUCCAGACUGGCUGACAUGCAUAGCACAGAAAUUUCACUUCAGCAGCGACUAGAGUACAUUGCUCGAGCCAUUCUUAGUGCCAAAAGUUCCACUGCCAUUUCAUCAAUAGCUGCCGAUGGUGAAUUUCUUCAUGAAUUAGAAGAAAAAAUGGAGGUUGCUAGGAUCCAACUUCAGAUACAGGAGACACUACAAAGGCAGUAUUCCCAUCAUUCUUCUGUACAGGAUGCAGUUUCUCAGCUGGAUUCUGAGCUGAUGGACAUAACUAAGCUUUAUGGGGAAUUUGCUGACCCAUUUAAACUUGCAGAGUGCAAACUUGCAAUAAUUCAUUGUGCCGGUUAUUCAGACCCUAUAUUGGUGCAGACACUUUGGCAAGAUAUCAUAGAGAAAGAAUUGAGUGACAGUGUGACAUUGAGCUCUUCGGAUAGAAUGCAUGCUCUUAGUCUCAAGAUUGUUCUCCUUGGCAAAAUUUAUGCUGGCACACCACGCUUCUUUCCUUUAGAUUUUAUUGUACAGUUUUUAGAACAGCAGGUUUGUACUUUGAACUGGGAUGUGGGCUUCGUAAUACAGACAAUGAAUGAAAUUGGAGUACCAUUACCUAGACUACUAGAAGUUUAUGAUCAGUUGUUCAAAUCACGGGAUCCAUUCUGGAACAGAAUGAAGAAGCCACUGCACCUUUUGGAUUGUAUACAUGUAUUAUUGACAAGAUAUGUUGAGAAUCCCAGCCAAGUUUUAAAUUGUGAAAGGAGAAGAUUUACAAAUCUCUGCCUGGAUGCUGUUUGUGGUUACCUUGUUGAGCUCCAGUCUAUGAGCUCGUCAGUAGCAGUACAAGCCAUCACCGGGAAUUUUAAAUCUCUUCAAGCUAAAUUAGAACGGCUUCAUUAAUUACUGUGAUAUACUUUCAUCCGUUUUAUGAUCUGUAAAAUAAAAACUCAGCUGGGUCCAGA